UUCAUAAUCUCCUUCUUCCUUCUUACGAUAGCAGCAGCACAACCCCAAAUCCCCCAAUCUAGCUUGACCGCCAGCCGACUCCAGGACCAAUCCGCUCGCUUAUCGUUCGCCGACCGUGGCGGAGGUCCAGAUCCGGUGCCUAGCUGGGCGAGUACGACCAGUAGAGGUGCCGUUCCAGCUCUUGGUCGUCUCGACGCGGUCGGUGCUGCCCCGGCGGGUCUCGCCCUGUUCCAAGCCGCACUUGAGGGUACUCUGCUCGGCAUUCAGAGGUCGACCUCGCCUCGUACUUUUUCCUACCCCAAUCCGUCAUUCUCCACAGUUUCCCCCUACUCAUGUGCGGCUAGCUCGGCCACCCACCGACGCUAGAGAAGAAAACUCGGGUCUUAAGAUUAAUCCCGUUCUCGGUGUGAUGGAUAGAUCGGAGCUUGUCGACUAGUGCUAAGCUCGGCUCCCGUUGUUCUGCUAUUGCAUCUCGAUCUUAAAUGGAUGGAAGUAGUGCAACGUCGCCUUUAGGGCAGUCUACAGUUCCAAUAAUCGCAAACUGUGUACCAACAUUAUCAGCCGUGGAAUCGGUCAACAGUGCUCAAAAUCAAGAUUUCAGCGAUGCCACCUCAUUUGCAGAGAUUAAUUCCCCAAUGCUUCUCAUUAAUGAAUCUAGUACACCGAAGAAGAAACAAUCCUUCUCUCAAGAGGGUUCUUUGUACAAACCCCAGUGUGACGAGGAACUGAAGCCCAAAGUAGGGAUGAUAUUUGAUGACAUUGGCUCGGUACUAGAAUUUUACAGGACAUAUGCUCACAAUGUCGGAUUCGGUGUACGUCUCGGACAACAAAGGGUCGUCAAUAAUGUGCUUAAGUGGAAGAGCUCUUUUCAGUAAAAAAGUUUGUGUUCAUCUCUUUCUUAGUUCAGUUGUGGCAAAUGGCGUAUGAAGCUGGACAUAAGGACUUCCUCUCUUCUCAAUAUAUGAUGUUUGAUAUAUGUUUCUAACAAACUUAUUUAAUUGGUAUGCUUAACUAGGUGGAUUGAACUGAUGAAGUUUAUACAGAGUCGCCUUAAAAAAAGGUCUAUAUAGAAUCCAUGGAGGUGGUCGUCUAUUCCAGGAGAUGAAGCUCGAUUAGCAAGAGGCACUAAAAUAUAAGGCAAGAUCAUAGAUCUUUUCUAGCAUCCAUCAGUCCUUAAUACUUCGUUUUCCUGGAAAUGUACUAAAAAUGAUCUAUGUAUGCCUCUUGUGUUGUGUUCCCAUGUACUCGAGUACUCAAAUGCUUGUUGAGAUAUAAUGUACCAUCAGUCCUUAACACGCUGUCUGCCUGGGAAUGUACUAAAUAAGAUAUACGUAUGCCUUUUGUGUUGA